GUAUAUAAAAAACACACCUGUGCUUCUCAGGAGGUGUCAGGGCAAACUUUAGUCAUGAACUCGUUCCUCUUCACUUUCCUGUGCGCCUUGGGCCUCAGUGCCGCGCUUCAGGUGUCGGCCGACUUGGAGAACGAUGUGGAGUUGUUGGCUGUAAAAAGUAUCCGGGCCUCAUCCUCGGAACAGAAUGAGAUCGUGAACAAGCACAAUGCUCUGAGGAGAGGCGUGAAACCCUCUGCCAGCAACAUGCUCAAAAUGAGUUGGAACAGAGAGGCUGCAGCCAACGCUCAGAAGUGGGCCAACACCUGCUCCAUGAAGCACAGCCCGGAGAGCGCCAGAAAGAUCAGCACUAGCGGCUGUGGAGAGAACCUGUACAUGGCCAGCUACAAGAACACCUGGAGCAACGCUAUCCAGUCGUGGUAUGACGAGGUGAAGGACUGGCGCUACGGAGUUGGAUCUGUCAACGGAGGCGUCGUUGGACACUUCACGCAGAUUGUCUGGUACAGGUCCAACCAGAUUGGUUGCGCUAUGGCCUACUGUCCCAACUCACGCUAUAAGUACUUCUACGUCUGCCACUACUGCCCACCUGGAAAUUACCAGUACGCUCGCCCCUACAAGUCAGGACCCUCCUGCGCAGACUGUCCCAACGCCUGUGAGAACAAAUUGUGCACCAACCCCUGUCCUUACACUGACCAGUACAGCAACUGCCCCGAGCUGAAGCAGCAGUGGGGCUGCAACAACAGCAAUGUCGCCUCUUGGUGUCCCGCCUCUUGCAAGUGCACGUCUCAGAUUAGUUAAACGACUUGCAUUGAUAUGUUGUAAUGAAUAAAAAAAAUAAUCUUGCA